CGGAGCGGGCGCCUGCAAGCCUCCUCUGGGCCCCAGGCCAAUUGCAGUCCAGGUGGUCACGGAAGGAAACUACUAGAGGGAUCGGCGGGGCGUCAGAGACUGAGCUGCCUGGUGGGUCCGAACGGCCACUUCUGAGAUUUGGAUCAGUCACAGUUGAGUGACAGGCGAUAAGAAGGCUCCAGGUACCACAGUCCCGGCGCCAGGAGGAGUGAAGUGGCCGGUCUGAGCAAAGGACCCACUGGCCAGUGGCGGCCGGCGUGAUGGCCUCUGUGAAGAGAACCAGGGAGAUCAUUAAAAAAUGGGCCACCAGCAAGCGGGGUCUUCUGGAGGAGAUCAACGAGCGGCGGGAGUCCAACUGCCUGGUGGAGAGGGGCAACGAGGUCAGCUUGCUCAGAGCCCAGCGGCGCCAUUUUGAAGAGGCCCACGCGUCCCCGCAGGAGCGGGGCAGAGAGCCCGUCCCGGACAGCGGCCGGAGCUCCUGGGUGGAGCUGAGCCUCGUGGUCCACACGGAGCGGAGGCACUUCCCACCCCAGAGCAACGCCAUAUUCGGGUAACCUGCUCCCCAGAGGCACGGAAACGUCACCUCUGUGAUCCUUCAGAGUCUGGUCUGAGUUGUUUGCAAAUAUAAUGACACAUAAAAUUACGUGCUGGUGUUAUAGUUGGAUGCCAAACCUGGACCCCCAAACCUGCCCGCUCUAAGUGGGUUCUGUCAUCCGCCGCAUCAAGACAUCUAAGACCGUUCAUGGACCGGAGCUUUAAUGCAGCGAGUGUGCAAUGCAGGAAAGACAAAGAACAGAGUCUCAGUCAGACCCCCAGAGUGACCCGACCCCCCGUGGCAAAAGUCCACCCAGAGGGGCUGGCCCAGAGCAAGGCCUGAGCCCCCCACAGUCUAAAGCACCUUCCGGCGGGACCCACAGAAAAGGGUCCGACAAGGCCAGACAGUCCGGGAGGGAGAGAGCAACAUCCACAUCACGGUCAACGCUGCCAGUCACCUCCCGCGGGCCCCCCACGUCUGGGUCCCCCGUCUGUGUCCCCCGUCCAGGGCCAGGACGCAAGAGCCGCUUCCUCGCCGUCUCUGCUCCCUGGGCCCCUCCGGCCUCCUCCUGGCUCCAUCCUGCUUCCUCCCCCUCAGCCUCCUCUCCAGAGUCUCCUCCCUGCUCAGCACCCCCCUCCCUUGGCUGGGGCAGGGCGCCUGGAACCCCCCUUUUCCUGGGGACCCCCCAUUACAGUAGGAUCGCCAGGAAAACCUUUUAGUAAGCUCCACCAUCUUUGUUCGUUUCAUCCCAUGGAUUAGACUUAGAUGUUUGAAGACGGGAUUGGAGCCAGGAAAGACGCCCUCACAGGUGGUACCCCGCAUUCGCAGACACGUCCAGUCAGUGGCGGGAUGUGCUGGUCACCCUGCGGCCGGGGCUGGAGGCCCUCCUGGGAGCCCUCGCUUCUGCUGGGCCCUUGAACGAGGCCUGGCUCAUUGGAUAAGUCGGGACUGGAGAGUGAAAUAAAAGCUGCCUGUCGCCAGAG